AGAUGGAAACAAACAACCAUUUUAACUUCACUGGCCUUUCCUCCACACCCGCUGCCUCAGGACCGAAACCCACGCCUGCCUCAGGGGACAACCCCUUCACCCACAACUCCCCGCUCGGCUUCCCCCCGCAAGGGAAAAGUCUGAACGGGGGCAUGAAUGUCAAUGGCUUCUCUACUGUAUCGCACCCCGGUACUUCAGGGACGUUCCCGCCCGGCUCGGCGCCCGCCGGCUCCCAGCCCCUCCGCACCUACGACUGCCUCUGGGACUACGCACCCUACGCGCCCGCCAGCGGCCUCAAGGACGGGGGCCCUCCUGCCCUCGGGCAGUUCCCGCUCAACGGCGCGGCCGAGGGGUCCCGGCCGCCGUCCCCGGGCCACGGCACCAACCUGCGGGCGGCCGGGCAGGAGUUCUGGGGCAACGGCACCGCCGGGCCCAUGGGGCUGAACUUUGACUCGCAGGAGCUUUACGACUCCUUCCACGACCAGAGCUUUGAGCUGAUGCAGAACGGGCCCGACGGCUUCUACGCGGCGGACCAGCCCUCGCCCAUGCUGGGCUCUGACACGCAGCCCUUCCCGCUGCCCCCGGAGGAGCCAGACCCGGGCCAGGCAGACCCCGGCGCCGCCAAAGAGAUCCCCAGCACCAUUGCAGAGAACGGGGGUGGGCUGGUGGGCAGCCGGGAGCUGGAGGAGGCACAGCCAGACCUGAAGAUCUGCAGCUACAACGGGGCUGCUGCCAGCGCAGGGCCGCUCGGCCAGGAGGGGCCCGUCCUGGCCCCCGACGCGGGCAGCGGGUGCCUGGGGGACGCAUCACCCAUCGCCCCGCGGCUGGAGGAUUCCCACAUGCUCAGUGAGGACCCCCUGGAGCCUUUCGAGUCCCUGGCCAGAGACCCCGGCACCGGCGACCUCUACACCAUGGACGACUCGCAGCUGGUGAGCGACAAGUCGUCCCUGGAGGAGCCCCCCGACCUGACCGCCAGCUCCCCCCUCCGUGCCAGCCCCUUCAACCUGCUGCCCGCCAGCCCCCCGCCCGCCCCGCUGCUCGACGGCCCCGGCUCGCCCGCCCUGCACGACGGCAGCAGCGUCGACCUCAACAGCGGCAGCCACGCGGGGCUGGGGGAGUCGGGGUCUCUGGAGCUCGACCCCCCUCUGGAGCCGGAGUCCCCAGCCCCAUCUGCAGAGGAGGAAGAGGAGGAGGAGGAGGAAGAGCAGGAGGAGGAGGAGGAGGAAGAGACCGCUGACAGCUGCCCAGAGACUUCAGCAGCCCCAGAAGGAGAGAGCGAGGAGGCGGCUCCACUGGGCACCUCGGCGGCAGGGGAUGUCCCUCGCCGGCGCAUCGCCACGCAGGAGGAGGUGCGCUUCCCGCUGCAGCACGGGUGGAGGCGGGAGGUUCGGAUCAAGAAGGGGAACCACCGCUGGCAGGGUGAGACCUGGUACUACGGGCCCUGUGGGAAGAGGAUGAAGCAGUUCCCGGAGGUGAUCAAGUACCUGAGCAGGAACAUGGUGCAGGACGUGCGGCGCGAGCACUUCAGCUUCAGCCCCCGCAUGCCGGUGGGAGACUUCUACGAGGAGCGGGACACGCCAGAGGGCGUGCAGUGGGUGAGGCUGAGCCCCGAGGAGAUCCCCGGGCGCAUCCAGGCCAUCACGGGCAAGCGCGGCCGACCCCGCAACGCCGAGAAGGCCAAGCCCAAGGAGCCCCCGAUCACCAAGCGGGGCCGGGGCCGCCCGCCCAAGGUCAGGAUGGUGGAUUUGCUGAGCAAGACGGACGCGCGGCUGCUGAAGAGGCUGGAAGCGCAAGAGGUGCUCAGCGAUGAGGACAAGCUGAAAAUGAGUAAAAUCAAGAAGAAAAUGAGGCGGAAGGCCAAGAACAAGCAGAAGCAGGAGGCCAAAGCUCCCAGGGCCAAGGAGACCAAGAAGAAGCCUAAGGCCAAGGAGAAGAAGGGGAAGCCAGAGAAGGGCAAGGACAAGGCUCGGCCCAAGGAGAAGAAGGGCAAGGGGGCUCGCAAGGCCGACAAGGGUCUGGUGGCCCAGCGGCGCCUGGAGGAGCGGCAGCGGCAGCAGCUCAUUCUGGAGGAGAUGAAGAAGCCCACGGAGGACAUGUGCCUGGGGGACCACCAGCCCCUUCCAGCCUUCUCCCGCAUCCCGGGGCUCGUCCUGCCCAGCCGCGCCUUCUCUGACUGCCUGACGGUCGUGGAGUUCCUGCAGAGCUACGGCAAAGUGCUGGGCUUGGACCCCUCCCGGGACGUGCCCUCACUGGGCGCGCUGCAGGAGGGGCUGCUGGGGGUGGGCGCCGGGGCCGGGCAGCUGCAGGACCUGCUGGUGCGGCUGCUGCAGGCGGCGAUCUACGACCCCGGGCUGCCGCCCUACUGCCAGUCCCUGAAGAUCCUGGGGGAGAAGGUGUCGGAGAUCAGCCUGAACCGUGACACGGUGUCCGAGAUCCUGCGCUGCUUCCUGACGGCGCACGGGGCGGGCGCGGAGCUGUGCGAGGGGCUGCGCACCAAACCCUUCCAGGCGCUGCCCCCGGAGUGGAAAGCUGCCAUCCUGGUCUUCCUGGUGAACGAGCUCAACAGCAGCGCCCUCAUCAUCAGUGAGAUCGACAAGACCCUGGAGAACAUGUCCAACUACAGGAAGAACAAGUGGAUCAUCGAGGGCCGGCUGCGCAGGUUGAAGGUGGCCCUGGCCAAGAAGACGGGCCGUCCCGAGUCGGAGAUCACGGGCCUGGAGGACGGCCGGCGCCGGCGCAGCUCCCGCCUGACCGAGGACACGGGUCUGGAGAUGGAGGAGGAGGAGGAGAGCCGGGGACGGAGAUCCCGCCGGGAGGAGGAGGCCGACACGGCUGCGUCCAGUGUCCCGGAGCUGGAGCGGCAGAUCGAGAAGCUGGCCAAGAGGCAGAUGUUCUUCCGCAAGAAGCUGCUCCACUCCUCCCAGACGCUGCGAGCGGCUUCCCUGGGCCAGGACCGGUACCGGCGGCGCUACUGGGUCCUGCCCCACCUGGGCGGCAUCUUCGUGGAGGGCGCGGAGGCGGCUGAGCCAGCACUCCCGGAGCCCCCAGAGGAGAAGAUGCCCCCUCACGUGUCCCCGGUGAAGGAGGAGCCGGCGGACGUGCCUGUCCCCAGCCGGACGAGCUGCCCGACCGCCCGCGCCCGGGGCCGGCCCAGGAAGAGCAAAGAGGAGCUGGCACCGCACUGCGGACCCCGCCCCACCCCGGUGAACGGGGUCCUGGAGGAGCCCGAGCCCCUGGGGCAGAGCCAGCAUGACCUCAGCCAGUCUGCCUUCCUGUCCUGGCUGAGCCAGACCCAGUCGUCCCUGCUCAAGGACUCCGUCCUGACCCCGGCCAGCAGCCCCGGCAAGGGGGACACGGCGCUCCCGCCGCUCGAGGCCCCCUCAGAUCCCGUGGAGGAGGAGCAGGAGGAGGAAGAGGAGGAGAGUGCCCCGGAGGCUGCGGAAAAGCAGGGGCCCUGGUUCAACCUGCUGCCCCGGACGCCCUGCGACGACCGAGCCCCCCUUGCUACCUCCUCGACCGAGCCCUCUCCACGAGCCCCCGCUGUGCCCCCCCGCAGCCAGACCCGCGGGGACCCCCCCAUGGGCUCACCCCAGCAGCUGAAUGGCCUCCCCAUGGAUGAUCCCACGGCUCCCCUGCUCGCUUCCACGCCGGUGCACGCCGGGCCCAGGGCCCACGGCGCCUGCCCCCGCAGCCGGGGCAACCCGGAGAAGCUCCAGGAUGUGCCGGGACAACCCAAGCGCCGAGGGCGACCCCCCACCAAAUUCUUCAAGCAGAUUGAGCAGAAAUACUUGACGCAGCUGACGGAGCAGCCUGUGCCCCCCGAGAUGCAGAGCGGCUGGUGGUGGCUGCGGGACCCCGAGGAGCUGGAGGCUGUGGCCAGGGCGCUGCACCCACGUGGCAUCCGGGAGAAGGCCCUGCACAAGCACCUGACCAAGCACAAGGAGUUCCUGCGGGAGGUUUGCCUGCGGGCCACCACUGACCCCAUCUUCCACCCGCACCCCGAGGCGGCCGGAACCGCUGUGUCUCAGGAAGUCCUGGCCCGGUGGUCGGUGACGGACAGGGCCUACGAGACCGACCUCGGCGUCCUGCAGUGGGUGGAGGAGCUGGAGCAGCGCGUGCUGAUGGCUGACCUGCAGAUCCGGGGCUGGACGUGCCCCAGCCCCGACUCCACGCGGGACGACCUCCGGUACUGCGAGCACAAGGUGGAGCCGCUGGAAGACAUCACGGUGCGUUCCCGGCGGGACGGGCUCCCGCUGCGCCGGGAACGCACCAACCCUCUGGAUCUGGCCGUGCUCCGGCUCCUGGCGCUGGAGCAGAACCUGGAGCGCCGGUACCUGAAGGAGCCGCUGUGGCCGCUGCACGAGGUGGUGGUGGAGAAGGCGGUGCUGAGCAGCCCCGAGGAGCUGAGCCUGGGCCCCACGGAGAUAGCCUACGAGAUCACGCCGCGGGUGCGGACGUGGCGGCAGACGCUGGAGCGGUGCCGGAGCGCGGCCCAGGUGUCCCUCUGCAUCUUCCAGCUGGAGAAAUCCAUCGCCUGGGAGAAAUCUGUGAACAGAGUGACCUGCCUCGUGUGCCGACGCGGGGACGACGACGAGCACCUGCUGCUGUGCGACGGCUGCGACCGCGGCUGCCACCUCUACUGCCACCGGCCCAGGAUGACCGAGGUGCCCGAGGGCGACUGGUUCUGCUCCGUCUGCGUGUCCCGGGCAGGGCAGUACCGGGAUCCCGUCUCGCCCCGGCGGGGCAAGAAGCGGAAACGGGGGCGUCUCGGGGGGACCCCAGAGGAGGAGGAGGAGAACCCACGGCGCCGCCCGGCCUUGCGCCGCCGAGAGGGGCUGCCCGUGCCCCGGUACCCGGGAGAGGGGCUGACCCCCACCAAACGGAGGGGCGUGACCCUGCGGGGCCAGCCCAGCGACCUGACCUUCUGCGAGAUCAUCCUGAUGGAGAUGGAGUCGCACGAGGACGCGUGGCCCUUCCUGGAGCCCGUGAACCCCCGCCUGGUCCCCGGCUACCGCAAGAUCAUCAAGAACCCCAUGGACUUUGCCACCAUGCGCACGCGGCUGCUGCGGGGCGGGUACUCGAGCUCGGCGGAGUUCGCGGCCGAUGCCCUGUUGGUGUUUGACAACUGCCAGACCUUCAACGAGGACGACUCCGCCGUGGGCCGCGCCGGCCACGCCAUGCGCCGGUUCUUCCAGAGCCGGUGGGAGGAAUUUUAUCAGGGAAAACACGCUCCGAACCCGUGAGCGGGGGGCCAGCGCCCCCCCUGUGCCCCCUUGGGGCUGGGGUCCCCGUCACCCCACGAACUGCCUCCUCUGGAGCUGCUCUCGCUGCCUGCUGAUCCCACACGGGGGGUCUCAUCCCCCCUCACCCCCGGCAGCGUGAACGGGCCCCCCCAGCCCCGUGGCCCCUUCCCGCUGCCCGGUCUGCCCCCCCGACCCCCCAUCCUGCCCAGACCCCCCCCCAACCCCCAGCACCACAAACUCACAGACUGUGUAAGCCAAAAAGAAAAAAAAAAGAGGUGUUUUUUUCUUUCUUUC